AUGAGCUCCCACGAAGAACCCUACCCGUCCAAAAAGAAAGAGACCAGGGCUGGGACACGUAGAGUAACCUCGCUCACUCCAGAACAACUGGAGAGGAAGCGCGCCAACGAUCGUGAGGCUCAGAGAACUAUUCGGCAACGGACUAAAGAGCAUAUCGAGCGAUUGGAGCUUCAGGUCGCCGAACUCAGAGCCAAAGGAGACAAAUUCGAUGAGGUCAUGCGAAGAAACGCCAUCCUGGAGAAUGAGAUCCGGGCACUGAGACAUCAGUUGACCGUGGCAGGUGGAAGCCCAGGAUACCAGCCUCUAGAAGAGUCAUAUAGCCAACAACCUGGACCGAUCAUGCCAUCGCCUCAGUAUCCCGACACUCUAGCGUCGAGGACACCGUCCGUCUUAUCAACGUCGAGUCAAGUUUCCGCCUCGCGUGAGUGGCCGCCAUUUAGCUCGACCCGGUCGUCGUCCAGAUGUGAAUCCUCUGAUACAGAGUACCCAGCCAGAGUCGAACCCUGGGCCUACGAGGGCCCUUCCCACGCGCCCGUCCCUGUUCCCAUGCCUCACUCACAUGUUGGAUACCACGCACAACCUACACCCGCCGGGCAUGUACCAGAGUCUUCCUUCCAGAACUAUCCACACAUAUACAACGAACCAAACGCCACACGGGCCCCCGGGGGGGAACUACGGUCUCAAAAUCACAAUCCGCAAGAAGCCGCUUACGAGGACCCUCGACAAGCUGUAUCAGGGCCAUCAGAAGCCCCAUCAACGGGCUACACUACGCUUCAGCCGCCGCCGCAAUACCAACAGCUUGUGACGCAGCCGGCACAGCCUCCCCAGCCCUCGAGGAGCGAAUACGACUAUGAUUGGGUUCAACGAGCUUGA